AUGUUAGAAAGCAUGAACUAUCACGUAGAAAAUACACCUGAAUAUGAAUGGGCAAUAGCAAUAGAUGCAGUUGCACUCUCUACCUGGUCCUCUAAAGACCAAAAAGGUCCUGUUGAUGAAAAUGGAGAAGAAAUCAAAUACUUAUUCAUAUUUCUUGGUAUGCCCCUAAAUUUUGAUGCGCCAAAUGUUAUAUUACAUGUUAUAGAACAUGCCAAUGGGUUUGCAAGUGGAAUUAUCCACGAAAUUGAUGCAGCAAUCGAAGAAAUACGAAAGCACUUAAGAGUUAGAGUCAUCAUUACUGAUGGAGAUCCCGGAUAUGAUAAGCAUCAAGAUGAAUUUAUUAAUGAAAUUUUGCAAGGUAAUGAUCCCGAAGAAAUAUUUAAAAGAGCUACUGCUAUCUUAAAGAAAGGAGAUCAAGUUGUAUGGAUUAAUGAUCUCAUACAUAUGUCAAAACUUGAACGUACCAGAUUACUCGAUGCAACACUUAAGCUUUUAGUUCAUCCAUCUGAUCUGAAUACAAUUGUUGAUGUUAACAAGAUCAGAGAUGCAAUCGAAUUAGGUGAUGCUCUUAAUGAUACUUCACCUCUGGGAAGGAUAAAAGAUAAAUAUCCGAUCACAAUAUUUUCAAUUAGAGCUGUAAAGGCGCUUCUAGAAAAAAACUAUUAUAAUGAAGCAUUAUUCAUAGCUCCACUUGCAUUCUGGUAUGAAAGCAUACGAAAUGAGGCAUUUAAUGCUGACACAAGAUGUCAAAUGAUGUGGUUUGCAUAUCUGCUCUUGGUACAUCAUUGCAUUCAAAUGAGAGACCGUCACAUUAAGACAAAUCUUGGUGUUGUCAAAAUAGACGGAAACAUUUAUCCGGUCUAUUAUAUGGGAACUUGGGAAGUUGUAAAGCAUCUUACAGCAACAAUCAUUUGUUUCCAAUAUUUUUUCAGUAUUAAUUCAACAUUUUUCAAUUUUUCUCAUUUGACAACCAUGACGGAAGAACAUUUGAAUGGUUUACUUCGCGUCAUGGCUCAUUUUAAG